UAAUGAGCGGAACGCCUACCGGCGCAGGUAGAGGGAGGAGGAGCUCCCGUGACGUCACGGGCGGAUCCGAGUGAAAAACACAAGCUGAAAAAAUACUGAGCUACAAGCGAUCAGGUUUGAGUCAGAAAGCUUUCAUCAUGUCCUUCGAUCUGAGUGCAGCUGCUGGAGGAGAUGAGGUGAAGAAGGCUGAAGCCAACGAGGUGCAGGGGAUUUUUGGGUUUGGAAAAAAGGAUAAAGACAAAGACAAAAGCAAAGAUAAGAGUGAUUCCAAAGACAAGGAGCAUAAAGACAAGGACAAAGGGAAGGACAAAGACAAACAUAAGGAGCAUAAAGACAAGGACAAGAAGAAAGAUAAAGAGCACAAGAAGAAGAAGAAGGGCGGCCACAGUUCCUCUUCCUCCAGUGAUGAUGACUGAAGCAAGACUGAGGACAUUUACACAAUAAAUUAUUAAUGCUUUGUAAUGCAAGUUAUAUAGUGAACACGAUCUCAACAUCUUGGUAAUGCAGAAAGGAUGUAGAAGUUGAUUGAACCCUUGAAUGAAGCCAUGGGAUGCACUUCAAAAACCUUCCACAAGAUGGCGGUGCUCACACGUGAAAAUUUCAUUGUCUCAAACUUCUUUGAAGAUCCAAUGGUAGAUCAUUAUUUUCUGUAAAACCUGCUUCCUGCUUUAAUAAACAUGACUCCUUAAAUCUAA